GCAAACAGAGCUUAAAAGUUUAGAGUCGGACGGAAGACUAAGCGUCUGGCGCCUGUCGAGAAUCGUAAAACUAAUCAAAGGCCGUUACAUUUUAUAGUUAUCGUGUGUUGUUCUUUUUUCUUGAAUGCUACAAAUACAUGCGGGAAGAAUAAUAAUUGGAAAAUGGAAAAUGCAAUAAAAUGAAGUUAGAAAACAAAUUCAAUAAAAUGCUCGCCUAACCAUUACGAGGUGCGCUCGACGCCAACACCUCCGACAGCUCCAAAUCGAAAUGGUCCACUCUCUAAGCUAGAGGGGAGCAGCGAAAAUUCUGUUUUUUUUUUUGGUGACGUGUGGACAGCAACAAUAUAGUAACAAUUUAAAUUACGUAGGAAGAAGCAGCAUAUUAAUAAAGCAGUCAUAAACAAAAGAGAGCGGCUACUGAAGAGAGUGAGUGAGUAACAGAGAGGAAGAGAGCGCGAUCAAAUGACCGUUAUAUUUAAAGAACGUUACACUUGAAGCCCGAAGCUCAGUCAGCGAUUGACAACGAACCCGGAACGACGCUAACGCGAACACGAACGCGAACGGGUAUAAAAAAAAACAACACCACAAAAAAAUAAAAACGAACCAAACCAAAAGCUAAUUACGCGCCACCACAAAAAACCAAAAAAAAAAAGAGAAUUGUAAUAUUAACUAAUUAAGAACGCAUCGAGAAAACCAGACGACACACAAAAUGCGCGAUGUGGCAGAGAACGGGGCGGGUGCGGAGGCCCCGCAGAGUGUUUCGGAGCCGGCGAGCAGCGCGCAGACGCAACGAAAAUUAACCCAAAAAAUACUGAUCGAGCUGGCCAUCAUGGUGGCUCUGACCAUACCCAUUUGCCUGUACGAGUUCGCUGUGGAGCCGGCUCGUCGUGGCUUCUUCUGUGACGACGAGAGUAUACGCUAUCCGUUUAAAGAUAAUACGAUAACGCCCGUAAUGCUGGGUCUGCUGGUGGGGGGUCUGCCCCUCCUCCUCUUCGUCAUGGUGGAGUAUUGGCGGCACUUGCGAGCCGGCGAGGUGUCGUCCACGGUGCAGCUGCUGGGCUGGCGCAUGUCCAGCUGGCUGGGUGAACUGGGCCGCCAGCUUUCCUACUUCAUGUUCGGCAUGCUCCUCACCUUCGAUGCCACGGAGGUGGGCAAGUAUACGAUCGGCCGCUUGAGGCCGCACUUUAUGGCCGUUUGCCAGCCCCAGAUGACGGACGGCAGCAUGUGCAGCGAUCCUGUGAAUGCACAUCGCUACGUGGAGAACUAUGAUUGUGCGGGCGAGGGCUACACCAUUGCCGAUAUACGUCAAGCACGCCUGAGCUUUCCCAGCGGCCACUCGAGCAUGGCCUUCUACGCCCUAGUCUAUAUGGCUUUGUAUAUGCAGCGUCGACUGCCGUGCCGCAGUUCCAAAAUGUUCCGUCACCUCGUCCAGUUCGUGCUGAUCAUGGUGGCCUGGUAUACGGCGCUAAGUCGCGUCAUGGACCAUUGGCAUCAUUGGUCCGAUGUGCUGGUCGGCUCGCUGAUCGGUGUGUUGGGCGCUCUCAUCACCGCGCGCUACAUUGCCAAGUUUUUUCGGAUGCCCUACGGCAACAUUAUCCUGGGAACUGGCCUGAGGAGGCAGGACACUUCGGCUACGCUCCAGGAGGUGUGUGCCAGUACGCCGCCUCCCUAUUGUGCUAAUGGCGGCUACACUGAUGAGCAGUAUUGCACGAAAGUGUGAGGGAACCAGAGGUGUUGAAACAAACACGCGUCCCACAAAACAUUCCAAAGCAAAUACAAAGAUGUAUUUCAAUUAAUUAAUAAGAACAGUUAAAUAAAAACUUCAAGAGCAAAUCUAAAUGCACUUCAAAA